CAGGAGAGGGAAGGUGCAGUGUUAAGUCAGUUCCUCAAUAAAUAUCGAUUAUUUCCCACACACAAUCCUUGCCUCCUCCCUUUACUCCCUCUUCUCCACACCAUUUCUGCGGCGCUCAACAACCAAAUCUCUUUUCUCUUUGCACGUUCACUUCAGGUUGCUGAAGAUGGGAGCUGGUGGCCGUACCUCUGUUCCUCCUUCGGCCAGGAAGUCAGAGAAUGACAUUGUGAAGCGGGUGCCAUUUGAAAAACCUCCAUUUAGUCUCAGCCAGAUCAAGAAGGCCAUUCCACCUCACUGUUUUAAGCGCUCUGUGAUCCAUUCAUUCUCCUAUGUCGUGUAUGACCUCACCAUAGCCUUCUUACUCUAUUACGUUGCCACCCAUUACUUCCAGCAUCUUCCGAGCCCUUUCUCUUUCUUGGCCUGGCCUGCCUAUUGGGCUAUUCAAGGUUGCAUCCUUACCGGUGUUUGGGUUAUUGCACAUGAAUGUGGCCACCAUGCAUUCAGUGACUAUCAGUGGCUUGAUGAUACAGUUGGCCUUAUCCUCCACUCUGCUCUUCUAGUCCCUUACUUUUCGUGGAAAUACAGCCAUCGCCGUCACCAUUCCAACACUGGUUCUCUUGACCGGGAUGAAGUUUUUGUGCCCAAGCAGAAAUCCAGCAUCUACUGGUACUCCAAAUACCUUAGCAACAACCCACUAGGCAGAGUCCUCACAAUUACUAUCACCCUCACUCUUGGCUGGCCCCUUUACUUGGCUCUCAAUGUUUCUGGCAGGCCAUAUGAUAGGUUUGCCUGUCAUUUUGACCCAUAUGGUCCCAUUUACUCAGAUCGUGAACGGCUUCAAAUAUAUGUAUCAGAUGCAGGAAUACUUGCAGUAUGCUAUGGACUUUACCUUCUUGCCAUGACCAAAGGGCUUGCCUGGGUUGUGUGUGUUUAUGGAGUUCCAUUGCUCAUAGUCAAUGGGUUCUUGGUGUUGAUUACAUUUUUGCAGCAUACUCAUCCUGCAUUGCCACAUUACGACUCCUCUGAGUGGGACUGGUUGAGAGGAGCUUUAGCAACUGUGGACAGGGAUUAUGGAAUCCUGAACAAGGUCUUCCAUAAUAUUACAGACACUCAUGUGGCACAUCACUUAUUCUCCACAAUGCCACAUUAUCAUGCAAUGGAGGCUACCAAGGCAAUCAAACCAAUUUUGGGAGACUACUAUCGGUUGGAUGAAACACCAUUUUACAAGGCAUUAUGGAGAGAAGCAAGAGAGUGUGUCUAUGUUGAGCCGGAUCAAGGUACCGAGAAAAAAGGUGUAUUCUGGUACAACAAUAAGUGGUGAUUAUUAGAGCUGCUGAAGCAUGUUGUCUAUCAGGUGGGAAUGUUUGAACUUCUCUUAGAAUGUUUGCUCUGGAGAAUAGUUUUGUUGAAUCCUGAUAUAUGUUGUAGUAAACAGUACUAGAAUAGUUUGCUUGAUUGCAGAAUAAGGUAUAGCAUUUCUGAAUAGUAGUACUAGUGUAUUUAUUGCACCAUGAUUUGAAAUCAGUGCAUGUGGAUCUAGUUUCUCAAGGUAGUACAAUUCUGUCUAUCUGUUGAGAAGCUUAUUGUUACUCUUGUUCUUGGUUCCAAGAAUUAUGAAUUUGUCUGUAACUUUCUGUGGUCAAGUCUAAUGUUUGAUAUGAAAAUAAGAUUCGUAA